GGAGCCCAAAGCUCGCCAGUCGUUCGCGAGUGGUUGGUGUGUUGUGUUGUGCUCGGUGCAUCUUCUGGGUCCGGGAUCCUCAUCGAUCGCGUAGUGACUUCCGUUUCGCCGACCACACGUGGGCAACAUGGCGUCUUCUUUGCCGCUGGCCGGGCUACUGCUGCUGCUGUCGGUGUUCGUGUUUAUCCAGCAAGUGCAACCACUCUCCCUUGACCCCGUUGCGUCAACCGAAUUGGAGGAAUACAUUAAAGAUGAUUUUUUGAUAUCGCUGAGACACAUAAGACCCCGUCGGAAGUUUAGAAUCACCAUCGAAGCCCUGUUCAUGAUCGAUUUCCCCGAAUCGAAGCAUAAGUUUUCCUUCUAUCUCGAUCGCAAAAACAAGCGAGUGACCAUCGACAUCAACAGCCACGCGAAGGUGUACUCGAAGAAUCUGAUCCUGAACGAUCUGAACGAAUCGACCACGAUCAAAUCGUUGGCGUUCGCGUUCCACCAGAGCACCGUCACCGUCUACAUGAACUGUAAACAAUCGUCCGCCGAGGAGCUGGACGUCAGCCUGGCCAAACUGUUCGCCAGUGGCGAUGAGCCGACCGUCAAGCUGUUCCGGGAGCGAAAGUAUCCGCUGUUUUUGGACUCCGAGCUCGAUAAAGCGCUGAGCCGUGCCAGCUGCCAGAAGAUGCUGCGCCGCGGCGGCAAUUCCGUGCAUCAUUCGCGCCAGAAGCAGACGGUGGAGAAGAUGCUGAAGAACAAGAACAGUCAGGGCGAAGUGUUGCCCGAGCGCAAUAAGAAACGCGACAUCCGCAACUGGCACCACACGGCGGAGAAGUACAAGCAAGAGUUCCACACCGAUUUCUCCGCGAACCGGGGCGACAUUCCCAUCAUCCACGGAGACUGUGACGAGAACAUUCUGAAGCUGCUGGGUGAGCUGCUCAAGCUGGUGAAGGAGCUCAAGGAAGAGGUGAAGGGCCAGCGGCACGAGGUCAACUAUCUGCGCGGACUGAUCGAGAACUGUGCCGGCUGUCAGCAGGCGCAGCCUCUGCGUGAAAACUGCCAGUACAGCAAUCCUUGCUUCCCGGGUGUACAGUGCUACGACACGUCGACCGGCAUGCGCUGUGGCCACUGUCCCCGGGGGUACGUUGGCGAUGGCCGAACCUGUCGCCCUGGUCAGACCUGCGCGGACCAGCCAUGCUUCAAUGGCGUCCAGUGCUACGACACGGUCGAGGGAGCCCAGUGUGGACCGUGUCCGGGCGGGUACGAGGGGGACGGCAAGCAGUGCCGGUUUCGGGACGCCUGCGAAGACAAACCGUGCGCGGCAGGUGUCCAUUGCAGUAGAUUAGAGCAGCAUCCGUUCUUCCGCUGCGGUGCCUGCCCAGCCGGGUUCACCGGCAACGGUACCGCCUGUCACGAUCUGGACGAGUGUGACCUGGUGGAACCGUGCGAUGUGCGAGUCCGGUGCACUAACGUGGCGCCCGGGUUUCGCUGCGAUCCUUGCCCUUCCGGGUAUGUCGGCAUCCACUACGAAGGCUUUGCGGCAGCCACGUUCGACGGCUCGAUGCAACGACAGCGCUGCACCGACCGGAACGAGUGUGCCGAUGGCUCGGCCCGGUGCGGGACGAACGCGGCCUGCCACAACACGGAAGGAUCGUACGAAUGCCGGUGCAGGGCAGGCUUCGUUCGGAGCUCGGCGCAACACGAGUGUCUGGCGUCCGAUCGGAUGUGCGCGGACGGGACGAUCUGUGAUACGAACGCCGUCUGCAAGCACGCCGGAAACAACAAGUACCGGUGUAAGUGUAAAGUAGGCUGGGCGGGCGACGGGUUCCUCUGUGGUUCGGACAAGGAUCUGGACGGGUGGCCAGACACGAACCUGCUGUGCAGUGACGAGAAGUGUCGCGCCGAUAACUGCGUCAACAUUCCGAACUCGGGCCAGGAGGAUGCGGAUCACGACGGGAUCGGCGAUGCGUGCGAUCCGGACGCCGACAACGACGGAGUCCUGAACAAUCCAGACAAUUGCCCGUUGGUGCACAAUCCGGACCAGAACGACAGCGAUGCGGACGGGGGCGACAAACAGGGUGAUGCGUGCGACAACUGUCCGACGGUGUCGAACGUCGAUCAGAACGACGUCGACAAGGAUGGACUCGGGGACGCUUGUGAUCCGGACAUCGACAACGAUGGCAUUCGCAACGAGGACGACAACUGCCCGAAAGUGAGCAACUUCAACCAGCUCGACACGGACGGGGACCGUAUCGGGGACGUUUGUGACAACUGUCCGCAGAUACCGAACCCGAAUCAGCUGGACUCGGACAAUGAUCUGAUCGGUGAUGCGUGCGACAGCGAUUUGGAUCGGGAUCGCGAUGGAAUACAGGACAGUCGGGACAACUGCCCGAAGCUGGCCAACUCCGACCAGCUCGAUUCGGACGGUGACGGACGGGGUGACUUGUGCGACACGGACGCCGACAACGAUGGAAUUCUGAACCACGAGGAUAACUGCCCGAUUGUGUUCAAUCCGGAUCAAACGGAUGCCAACAACGACGGAAUCGGUGACAUCUGCGAAGACGAUUUCGAUUUGGAUCUCAUACCGAACUACAUCGACAACUGCCCGAACAAUUCCAAGAUCUUCUCGACGGACUUCCGCACGUACCAGACGGUGGUGCUCGACCCGGAGGGUGACUCGCAGAUCGAUCCGAACUGGGUGAUCUACAACAAGGGUGCCGAGAUUGUGCAAACGCAAAACAGUGAUCCUGGCCUGGCCGUUGGCUACGACGCAUUCGGUGGUGUGGACUUUGAGGGCACUUUCUUCGUCGACACGGAGAUAGACGAUGACUACGUUGGGUUCAUCUUCAGCUACCAGGACAACCACAAGUUCUACGCGGUGAUGUGGAAGAAGAACAUUCAGACGUACUGGCAGGCGACACCGUUCCGCGCGUCGGCCGAACCGGGCAUCCAGCUGAAGCUGAUCAACAGUAACACCGGCCCGGGCGAGAUGCUGCGCAACAGCCUGUGGCACACGGGCGACACCAAGGAUCAGGUGAAGCUGCUGUGGAAGGAUCCCCGCAACGUGGGUUGGUCGGAGCGAACCGCCUACCGGUGGCUGUUGCUGCAUCGGCCCAAGAUCGGGCUGAUCCGCUUGCGCAUUUUUGACGGCGAUCAGAUGGUGGCCGAUUCCGGUAACAUCUUCGACUCCACCCUCAAGGGUGGCCGGCUGGGGGUGUUCUGCUUCUCGCAGGAGAUGAUCAUCUGGUCCGAUCUGGUUUAUCGAUGCAAUGACAACGUACCGGAAGCGAUCUAUCGCGAGCUGCCACCGCGCUUGCAGCGCGAAGUUCAGGUGGAUCACCGAAGCUAAACACCUCAGUUCAGUUCAACAACCUCAACAAAUCUAAUCAUAGCAUGUACGACUAAAUGUAGCCUACAAAGAUUCAAAUAUAUAUAAAAGUUGCUCUCACAGUCGG